UCCGUGUGGAUGUGAGCGUGCGCGCGUGGAAGCAGAAGUGCAGAAGCGGGGACGUGGAGCUUUUGGGAGGAGAGGAGAAAUGGCGGACAUAGCCCACCCUCCGAUGGACCAGCUGCAGGACCUCGAGUACUGCAUCGACUCCAACCCUCCCUGGGCUGAAACUAUCUUAUUGGCGUUUCAGAAUUACAUUCUGAUGCUGGGAACCAGCGCAAUGAUCCCUUCAAUGCUUGUACCAAUGAUGGGAGGGAGUGAUGGUGACAAGGCACGAGUGAUACAAACUUUGCUCUUUGUUGCUGGCAUUAAUACACUUCUCCAGGCACUUUUUGGAACAAGGUUGCCAGCAGUAGUUGGAGGAUCCUUUGCGUAUGUUGUUCCUAUUGUUUACAUCAUAGGCGACUCAAGACUGCAGAAGAUCGAUGAUUCUCAAGAAAGAUUUCUGCAAACAAUGCGUGCAAUCCAAGGAGCUCUCAUUGUGGCUUCAAGCAUACAAAUUGUCUUGGGUUACAGCCAAGUUUGGGGUCUCUUCUCACGCUUUUUCAGUCCUCUUGGUAUGGCACCCGUUGUGGGAUUGGUUGGACUAGGUUUGUUUCAAAGGGGAUUUCCCUUGUUGGGCCAGUGUGUGGAAAUUGGGAUACCCAUGCUGCUGAUGGUCAUCGGAGUGUCACAAUAUCUAAAGCACGUAAGAGUAAUGAGAGAUGUCCCUAUCUUCGAACGAUUCCCUGUACUGUUCUGUGUUGCAAUCGUCUGGAUCUAUUCGCUUAUCUUGACCGCCAGUGGGGCUUAUCGAGAUAGGCCCGCCAUUACUCAACGAAGUUGCCGUACAGAUAGGGCGAACCUUAUAUCUACUGCGCCAUGGUUUAAGUUCCCUUACCCUCUACAAUGGGGGCCGCCAACUUUCUCAGCUGGCCAUUCUUUUGCAAUGAUGUCUUCAGUUCUUGUGUCGAUGGUUGAGUCCACUGGUGCAUACAAGGCAGCUUCUCGGUUGGCAAUUGCUACUCCACCUCCGGCUUAUGUAUUGAGUCGGGGCAUUGGCUGGCAGGGGAUUGGAAUCUUACUAGAUGGUCUUUUCGGGACUGGCACUGGCUCUACAGUUUCUGUAGAGAAUGUGGGACUCCUUGGACUAACACGGGUCGGAAGUCGGAGAGUUGUGCAAUUAUCUGCUGCCUUCAUGAUAUUCUUUUCCAUCUUAGGAAAAUUUGGAGCUGUAUUUGCAUCCAUACCCUUCCCAAUAUUUGCUGCGUUGUACUGUGUUCUCUUCGGCCUUGUAGCUUCUGUGGGAUUGUCAUUCCUUCAGUUCACAAACAUGAAUUCUAUGAGGAACCUCAUCAUUACUGGACUCUCGCUCUUUCUCGGGAUAUCCGUUCCCCAAUUCUUCUAUGAAUAUUGGACUCCCACUCGGGAGGGCCUUGUUCACACUAAUGCCGGAUGGUUCAAUGCAUUUUUGAAUACCAUAUUCUCGUCCCCGGCCACAGUGGGCUUGAUCGUUGCCGUCUUCCUCGACAACACGCUGGAAGUCGAGAAGUCGAAGAAAGACCGGGGGAUGCCCUGGUGGGUGAAGUUCAGGACUUUUAGAGGAGACAACAGGAACGAAGAGUUCUACACAUUGCCAUUCAAUUUGAACAGAUUUUUCCCUCCCACUUAGAAUAAAUUGUCCACGUCAGUGUAGGUGCUAUUCAGUGUAGGUGCUAUUCUUUUCUCAUAAAUGCAUCCAAUCCCAAUCUAAUGUUUGGAUACAUGCUCUAUUUAGGACUUUUCUGUAGGGCCGCUAACUAGAUCGACAUUUGCAAACGCUAAUUCUUCUCACUGAGGAUCAGUUCCCAAUUUAUUUAUUUUGCAGCCCAUUUUGUAGAAUGGUACGAAAUUUCAUAUAUUUGUCAUCGACAUUCCAGAAGUAAUAAAAAUGCUGGCUCGCUCUCUGUGGUGAACAUGUCAUGUUCAUUCAAAGCAUAUGAGAGACUUUCUAAGUCCUGAUGUGCCUAAUUUGCUCCAAUUGGAAUAGCUAUAGAAUAGAAUUUUGGAUUCUAUUUUCUUAAGAACAUCGUAUGAUAACAUUUCUGUUCCAAAAUUUUUUUAAUU